AUAUGCAAAACACUUGAGUAGAACAGCAGGGUGAUAUAUUCGUGAUUCCGUCCGAGGGCCAAUACAGUGCCAAUCUUAUGCGUGUUUUUGUCAGUAUAUUGGGAAGCCAUUCGAGUGUAACUUUUAAGCCUGAAACAUGAUGAAGUGUUCCAAAAUUAUUUAUYGCUUAGUGACUGUAAUUUCGGUGUGUUUAUGUUCGAUAAAAGUGAAAGCUGGAUGUCCUAAACAGCUUGGCAAAGAUGCCUUUUCACAACUAAAGAGUCCCCUUAAAGGGCAAGAGCCGCAAACAUGCGCUACCUCAAAAACAUGCUGUACCCGACAACUGGAGACAACGCUACAACAGAAAGCUAUCACAGAGCUAAAUGCGAAAGUUUCAAAGCGACUUCAUGGAGUAAAGGGGUCUACAGCAGCUAUCCACCAAGAUGUUCAAGGGUAUUUCCAAGAUGUGGUACGGAACGCGAGGGAACAAAGCUUAUUUUCUAUGCGGCAGAAGUCACAUGCAAACUUGUCGCGAAUCGGAGGACCUCUGGUUCGAAAAGUUUUCGACCAACUUGAAGACUCCAUCAAAAACCAUAAAAUCAACUUCACUAGAGUUGUACUACAAUUCUUAACAGACUCGUUCCCUCCUCUGUUUAAGUACGCUACAAAUGAACAGAAGAUGUUUUCCGGCCAGUUUGAAAAGUGCCUUAAAGAUAAAAUUAACUUCAAACAGAUUUAUGGUGGAAAUCCUUAUAAAAUUUCCCUUGAAAUCGAGAAGAUUAUUAAACCAAUGCAAAUGUUCCUAAAGGGUUUGACAUUCUCAGAGAAGAGCAUUAACGCCGCUAAAGAGCUUGAUUUUACUAAAGGAUGCAGCAAGAUAYUAUUGCAAAUGACAUAUUGUUCAUUGUGUAACGGGGAAGAUAGCAGUAUAAAGCCAUGUGAAGCCUAUUGUAUCGAUGUGYUSAAAAACUGUCUGGUUACUAGUGGAAAACUGCAAAAACAAUGGAGCUUGUUUUACGAUGCAAUGGAUAAUCUUGCAUUGGGCUUGUCUACCCAUAAUGUCCAAGAAAAACUGUUUCAGGUUUAUAACCAAUUAUCAAUAGCGGUGAUCAAUGUGAUUCCUCAGAUACAUGACCCCACGUUGAAGAACAACAUGUACAAACUUUGUGGUCGACCUACAUAUCGCACAGACUCGACUUCAAAAGGACUGGGACAAACAAGUCAAAAAGUCAUUGCCGAUAUGAAGCAAAAAAUGAAAGAUGUUAAAACAAAGAUGGGACAUUUAAGGGGAGUUUUUGAAGAAAUGCCUAGUGACAUUUGUGUAUAUGAUGGAGUUUCAGCGCUCAGAACGGAGAAAGUAAUUGUUGCCAGUUGCUGGAAUGGAACAGCCAUAGGAAGGUACGUUGGGCCUGUCUCAUCCCCCCUUCCAUCCCUAGACACUAUUCCAGCUGAUCAAUCACGAAUCGAAACUAUCAUCCAAGAAACAGACAGCAUAACUAUUGACAUCAAGAAAAACACUCCUGAUUAUUAUCCAACAGAAAUCGACGGCAGCGCUAGCGGCAGUGGAGGGAGUGGCUGUGAUGAGAAUGACGAGGAUUGUGGUAGUGGAGGAAGCGGUGGUGGAAUAUUAACCACAGAAACACCCACAAACAGAGAUUCAAAGGAUGAUGAYAUAGUGUUUGGAACAACUGACUCCCCUCAAGAUGGGGGUAUUAAUGCUAAUGUUGGGAACAAAGCUGACAAGGUCACGCCAUCGUUAUCUUUCAUUCUAUUAAUAUCGACKCUAGCGUUAUGUCUACGGAUAUGACUUGCGUGACAAGGGAUUCUUCCACAUUGACUAACUACUUUAUAGGAAUGGACCUCUGAAUUGUAUAAAAUGUGACGCCAAUGUUCAUGCGUUGACUUACAACAUUUUCUAAAAUGACAUUUUGCGUGGUGCAUCGAUUUUUAUGUUGAUGACCGCGUCAAAAACUCACGUGACAAGAUUACUCACGUGACAAGUGUUGCGUGACAAACGUGACAUAUGUGUGAUUCUUGAUCAUUCAAGGAACGUAUAAGAAAGUUUUUUCCUCAUACAAAAAGAGAUGUUGUGUCACUAGUCAAGAACCGAAGAACGUAUUCACGUCCUGCUGGGAAAGUGUUAAGCUCGUGGCUUGUUUUUAAAUCAAGACUCGAAUUUCAACAUUCAUUUUCUCCACAUCUACUGAAAAAAUGGAUUUCUUAUUAUUAUAUUUUCUCACUUAACUGCCAAACUGCAAGAGCAUACGUUACCUUGCUAAUCUAACUUCUUCCCAAACUUCUAUUCGCCGGGCUAAUCCACGUGCUGUCCACGUGCUAUCAACUGCCCGUAGCAUUUCUGUUAGACCGUUAAACAAAUUUUCUGUCCUUGCAAUACAAUCUUAACAAGAUUUCAAUCCUUUCAAAGUAAUAUUUUCAACACUGAAUUUAGACCCUGAAUAGUACUUAAAUAGAGAAAUUAUAGAAAAAUGAGACCUUUGACAUCUUGAAUUUCAUUAAUUUAAGGUGAUUUAUAAUUUAUAACAACCUGUGCAGCUUUUAGCCUUGUACAUGCGAAAUACUGAACUAUAGUUAGUGAGUAACCCUAAUGAUUUUCUGUUUAUUCUUAACCUAUAAUCCGAUAUUUUACACACAAUUGUAAGGAAACAAAAGGUCUAUGUCAACAUGAGAAUUUUUUUCUUUCCUGUUAGUUUUUUUUAUAAUUUCUGGAGAUUAGAUGAAUGUUUUUUUUGUCAUUUUGUAGUCAUAUUUUACGUAUAUGUACAUUAUAUAAAUUUAUAUACACUAUGCAUUUUGUUAAUAUUCGUUUGCAAGAUAGCUCUGUACAUAGGAAUUGUCGUUUGUAGAAACCAUUAGUACAACAAAACCAGCUGAAAAAUACUGUCAAACAGUAAAAAUAAUUGAACAUAACUACAUUUUGUUUGUCUGUUUUUUUUGUUAACUAAUAAAAUAAAAUAAUUGCC